AUGGUGCACGCCGACUCAUCUACGUUUGCCGAUGGCAUGAGCAAAAAGGAGGUGUAUGGACAGGUUCUUGAGCAAGCGAGGGCGUUGUUUGAUGGUCAGAGGAAUUGGGUCUGCAACUUCUCAAACGCAGCCUCCCUCCUCUGGCAUGCUUACCACUCCCUGCCGGCUCCUUCGUCAGCCGUCAACUGGGCGGGCUUCUACUUCACAGACCCGUCAAAACCAUCCCAGUUGCUGCUUGGUCCUUUCCAAGGACAGGUAGCAUGUCAGGUCAUUGCCUUUGGGCGCGGUGUCUGCGGGAAGGCGGCGAAAGAAACGACGACGCAGUUGGUAGAUGAUGUGGAAAAGUUCCCAGGACACAUUGCGUGUGAUGGGGCGAGCCGGAGUGAGAUCGUUGUUCCGAUUGUCAAGGAUGGGAAGGUGGUGGCAAUUAUCGAUAUUGAUUGUGCGGAGCUCAAUGGUUUUACGACAGAGGAUCAGGAGGCGUUGGAGGAGCUGGCGCAACUACUUGCUGAGUCAUGUGAUUUCUAA